UGUACCGUAAUCCCAUUAUCGGCCGUUGAAUGCACUCUCUCCCCCAAAAUGCACUCGCGGCCAGCUGCAUUCAUGUUAUUUUCAACAACAGCGAAUAUGGACGCCCUCAGCCUUGUCAUCGCGCUUUACCACAUUUUGGCACUGUUUUUGGUGGCCAAACACUUGUCUAGUUUCCUCUUCAAUUUUCUCGGCGCGCUCUACGUGCACUUCAUCGCCAAACUCAUUUGCAAACCUGUUGAUCUGACCACGCGCUACGGGAAAUGGGCAGUCAUCACCGGAGCCAGCAGUGGAAUUGGCAAAUACUACGCUUUGGAGCUGGCAAAAAAGGGGAUGAAUGUUGUGCUCAUCAGCAAAAAUUUGGAAAAGCUUAAAAAAGUUGAAGAAGAAAUAAAACAAGAAUGUGAAGUGGCUACAAUCGUGAUUGUGGCUGAUUUCACAGGCGGACAAGAAGUUUAUAAGAAAAUCUGGGAAGAUAUCUUAGAUCUGGAAAUUGGAAUACUAGUAAAUAACGUGGGCGCAUUGCCGCGUCGGGCGAUGCGACUCGAGGAAGCGCCUGUCCAGCAACUUUGGGACAUGGUAAUGGUCAAUGUGGGCACCGCGACGGCGAUGACGCAUCUUAUCUUGCCUGGCAUGAAGUACCGCGGAAGGGGCAUGAUUGUGAACCUAUCGUCUGCUGUACAUUCAGGACCUUGUCCAUACUUCUCCAUCUAUGCAGCUGCUAAGGCUUACAUUACAAGUUUUACAGAUGCAAUCAGGUUGGAGUGCGAAGGAUCAGGCGUUGAGAUACAAACUCUGCAUCCGUGGUACGUACGAAAGGACGCCAAGUCGGAGGUGACUACUAGUGAGGGCGGAACAAUUUGUGUGCCGACGGCCAAACUGUACGCCAAGCACGCAGUGGCCACCCUUGGGGUCGCCCACAAAACCGCAGGAUACUGGCCACACGGGGUGCAGGACUGGAUUUGGAAAAUGAUGGGAGACUUCAUGUGGGCCAAGUGUGUGCAGAAGACUGGCGAGCCAUACAUGACGAAGACAAAAGCUGAAUAAAUGGGAUCAAUCUCGUUUUCGCAAUUAAAUUUUUUAAUCCAAACGCAUUACAGUUUUCAACUCGGUUAAUUUGAAUUCAAAUUUUGUGUAAAUUAAAUAUAAUUCAGAAUGCAGAAAUCUUUUACUUUUCAACAUAAUUAAUUUAAUUUAAAAAUGAUUUGCCAUAAAUAAUGAUUCAUUGUACUGACAGCAUAUAUAGAAUAAAAUAAAUUAAUUCUAUGGGUUCUACUUGAUGAA